AUGCCAUCAAUAUCAACCUGUGAUAAGCUACCUAUUACUGUCCGAGAAUUGGUAAUGGAUUUAUGGGAUCUUGUAAAAAAAGAAUGUCCACAUCUCAAGAUAACCAUCGAUUGUAGUCUCGUUUCUACUUAUGUGAUUUGUGCGAUUUGUGGGCAUUGUAUAUUUGAUGACAAUGAAUACGUGGAAUGCCAGACGUACCUAAUACAUGUACAUCGUCGAUGUGGCCAACUUUUACCACGUGAUUUACAUGAUAAAUCUAUCGAUAUGGAUUUUGAGAACUCUCAUUCCUUGGAUCAAUCCUCGGAUAUGACAGCAAUGAUGAAUCAGCCCACAGUAAUGAUGGAUCAACUUCCGGAUAUGACAGUAAUGAUGGAUCAACCCCCGGAUAUGAUAGUAAUGAUGGAACAACCCCCGGAUAUGACAGUAAUGAUGGAUCAACCCCCGGAUAUGACAGUAAUGAUGGAUCAACCCCCGGAUAUGACAGUAAUGAUGGAUCAAUUACCGGAUAUGACAGUAAUGAUGGAUCAAUUACCGGAUAUGACAGUAAUGAAUCAAUUCUCAGAUUUCCCCUCGGGAAGUACAAACCACGCCUCGGAAAUUACGGGAAGUGACGAAUCACUCCCUGGAAAUUACAAAUCACCCCUUGGAACUUACAAAUCAUCCCCUGGAAGUGAUGGAUCACUCCCUGGAAAUUACAAAUCACCCCUUGGAACUUACAAAUCAUCCCCUGGAAGUGAUGAAUCACUCCCUGGAAAUUACAAAUCACCCCUUGGAAAUCCCUCGGAAAUUUCAAGUAGCGUCAAGGAAUUUAAUGAACAAUUCAAGCAAGCGGCAAUCAAAUUUCGAGAAAGUAGAAAACUUUUACCGAUUUUGGAAAAUGGAUCUUCUAAAGAUCAAUUAUCGGAUUUGGUAGUUAUUUAUGAAGAAAUUGCACCAAAGCGCAAUCAAUCUCGCACAAGAUUAUAUUUACUAGCAAAAAUGGGUGAACUAAUCGCCCAACAAUCCGAAUUAGAAGAGCAUUAUUUGGUACAAGACCCCAAACGAAAAAAAACAAACCAAAGUAGGCUUCGGAUAGCGAGACUGUUAUAUGAAUUAUUUCCAACGCAAUAUGAAUUAUUGCGGCAUACUGAACAAAUUUCAUAUAGUGAUCUUCAAGGUAUGAAUAAUGAUGAGAUCAAACAACUUCAGCAAAUGGUUGCUGUUUGGUCAUCGUCAAUCUGA